AUGGUCAAUGCCACCAUGCCUCUCACCCUCUUCUCGCGCAUGCCCUACCUCCGACGCCUGUACGUCUCUGCCGCCCUUUUUGUGUGUCUGCACUGCACCGCUGCUUCCCUGUCCGUGCCUCCACCCGAUGUGCUCGCCAGCAACAUCUUUCUCCAAGGCUCCAUCACCCACCUCGCUCGCCCCACCUCCCUCUGCAUGCUGAACCUUGCGUGGACAUCGGUGACUGGUUCCCUGCCAUCUGCCAUCCUUUCUCUCCCAGCUCUCUCACACCUAGAUAUUUACAUGACUACAAUCUCCGGAAGCCUACCAUCCACACUCGGCCGUCUGACUCGACUCACAUACCUAAAUAUCGGUGCAGAGAAUAUCACUGGGCGUGUGGAGAACAUGUCAUGGAUCUCAAGCCUCACCAAUCUACACACGCUUGUGAUGUAUCGCAUGCUCAGUGUGGAGGGAGAUCUGUCAGCCCUCACCUUCCUCACUGCCCUCACAGCCAUGCAAAGCCUCACCAUCGCGCGGGCCCCUUGGGCCGGUGAGCUACCUGCUUUGCUGGGCACCCUAACUGCUCUCACCCACCUGGACGUAAGCGGUCUGCGAACGACCGUGUUUCCUCGAUGGUCCUUGGACCUGACAAAUCUACGAUUUCUUGACGCGGCUCAUUAUGCCAAGCUGCGCACUGGAGUGAUGCCACAAGACCUCUCGCGCCUGGUACACCUUGAGCACUUUGAUGCAUCAGGCAAUGGGCUGGGUGGAGCUCUUCCCGAUUACUGGACCUCCUUGAAGCAUCUUACCUACCUAUCGCUUGGCUAUAACAAAUUUGAAGGCUCCAUUCCAUCAACGUUUUCUGGCCUAACGACGUUGAGCACACUGAUCUUAACUUUCAAUAGCAUGGACGGCACUAUCCCGCCCGUUUUCUACACCACUCUCAACUACCUUGACGUUGCAAGAAACAGCUUUUCUGGAGUCAUUCCUCCCUUCAUUGGUACCCUCUCUGCCCUCUCAACUCUGAACUUAGAUCAUAACAACUUCAUGGGGAAUGUACCUCCUUCUUUCACGAACCUCAUCAAUCUGCAAGAAUGGGCGCCCUAUUUCAACCAGCUAAGUUCGGGGCUUGAUGUCAUCGGCAAAAUGACAUGGCUGGUAUCAUUGGAUAUCUCAUACAACAUGUUUUCAAGUGGUUUAUCGAGUCUGUUAUCUCUGCCUACACUUUCGAUGUUGGGUCUCGGUGCCAACAAAUUCAGUGGACCAUUCCCUUCUGUUCUUCUGACCCUCACCGGACUUGGAUAUUUAGACAUUGGUCGGAAUGCAUUCGAUGGAACGAUUCCCCAUGAGAUUUCUCGACUGACAAACAUGAUAUCAUUGACACUUGGUCCAAAUAACUUUCACGGCGAAGCUCCAUUGGCACUCUACUCACUCCCACUAGACGAACUGAAUUUGGAGUACAACAAUCUGAGUGGAAGUCUACCCAGGAGAUUGUCUACUGGGGGUCUGACCCUCUUGAACAUUCAAGGCAAUCAGCUAUCGGGCCCUCUUCCUGAUUUCGCUCAAUGGAACACAUCCAUUGACAGGCUGCUUCUAGGCGAGAACCGCUUCACAGGGUCCAUUGGGGAGUCCAUCAGUGUACUUACGUCUGUAUCUGUCAUAUCCUUGCGCAACAACCAGCUCUCAGGGACCAUUCCGUCAGCUCUGCUCGCUGCUCUACCAAACCUUGAAGCCUUAGACCUGUCUUCCAACAGCAUCUCGGGGUCAUUGCCUUCUACCUUGGGGGCUCUCUCCAAACUCUCUGUCUUGUUGGUGCAUGACAACCAGCUCACGGGCAAGCUACCGUCCUCCAUUUGCAACCUCACACAGAUGCAUACCAUGUUCCUCCAUAACAACAGCUUCUACGGAGAGUUCCCCUCGUGUCUGUAUCAACACUGCUUGCACCGCAUGGGUGCGCUGCUCAACAUUGCACGCAACUACUUCUACGGUCAGCCCCUGCUCUUCGCAGACGGCUGCCAGUUCUGCCCUUCGGAAAUCAACCAAACCCGUGCUUUGGAUUUGGUUAGCCUCACAAAUGGUGGAAGUGGCCGCUGUGCACUCAAUGAUUUUACGACUCUUGUCUUUGAACGCUCGGCUGCCAACAAGCAAGGCCAAGCGAGCCUGCGGGGCAACUGCUUCAGUGUGGGCGAGCUGCAGAGCUGCGCGGCGAAUGAGACGCAGCGCAGCGCUGCCGAGUGCCGUGGCUUCUGCAGCUUGUCGAACGAUCUGGGGACGUGUGAUGGGCACAGCGCAUGUGUGCCAGCGGUGCAGACGGCAGGGCCGGGGGAGGUGGAUCUGGGGGAGGUGGGGUUCGUGUGUGAGUGCGAGGAGGGGUACGUGGCGGUGAACGGCAGCUCUGGACCCACAUGUACUCCCCCGACCCCGGCGCCCCCUUCAUCUCUCUCCACCGGUGCACUGGUGGGCAUCGCCGUGGGCUCUGCAGCUGCUCUUGCGCUCCUCCUCGCGCUCAUCGUCGCCGUGAUCUGGCCCAGACAGCGCAGGAGGUGGAGUGGCCUGGACGUGUGUCGCGAGUUCAGCAUGGCAGACAUCCUGCGCGCCACCGACAACUGGGCGAGCGCCAACGUGGUGGGGAAGGGGGGCUCCGCCACGGUCUACAAGGGCGUGGCACCCACUGGCGAGCUCUGGGCUGUCAAGCGCAUCAGCCUCAUGUCCAACGACUUCGAGAAUGAGGUGCGGGCGAUGGCGUCGCUGCGGCAUGAGAACGUGGUGCGGCUGCUGGGCUUCUGCCUGCACCAGAGCGUGGAGAGCGGGCGGCAGGAGCAGGUGUUGGUGUACGAGUACGUGCCCCAUGGGGGCCUCAAGCACCACAUCCACCACUCCAACUCCCCACUGACCUUGCAGCAGAGGUUGAAGCUGGCAGCGGGGGCAGCGGAGGGAGUGGCCUACCUGCACAGCUUCAUGACGCCCAUCAUCCACCGCGACCUCAAGCCGGGAAACAUCCUGGUGGGGGAGCACAACCUCGCCAAGAUCGCCGACUUUGGGCUGCUCAAGCUGCUCAGCCAUGCUGACGGGGGCGACGAGCGCACGCGCGUGGCAGGCACGCCGGGGUACCUGGAUCCGGAUUACAACCGCACGCACGUGGUGUCGGAGAAGAGUGACGUCUACAGCUUCGGGGUGGUGCUGCUCGAGCUGCUGACGGGGCGCAGGGCAGCAGUGGAGGGCACCGACAGCCACAUCAGCGAGUGGGCAGCGCAGAAGGUGCAGCAGUACGAGCUGGGAGAGCUCAAGGACCCCAUGCUGGAUGCUCCAGAUGAAGCCAUCGUCGAUCUCGCAGACGUGGCGCUGGACUGUCUCAAGAUGCCCGCCUCCCGCCGCCCCUCCAUGCGCGAUGUUGCCCGCCGCCUGCAUGGCCUGCUGGCCCAGUACUGCGCUGAUGACGGGCCCGAUGAUUCCCAAGCCAGCCCGCGCGUGGAGAGGGAGAGGGCGUUCGUUGGUGGGGAGAACAGCACCACAGGAUUGUUUGACACCGUGCCCUCACCUCUGCUUCGCUUGCUCUCCCACCCACCGGCGGCCACUGCUGCGCUGUCCUCACUUGUGUUCCCCCUGCUCUCCCCGCCCGGCCCCCUUUUCCUCCCCUGUGUGGGUGCCUCUCCUCCACAUUUGUUGUAA